AUGAUUAUCCAAAUGACCACUAAGACUACCAAGGCCAGACCGUCAAGGGAGGCUGCUACUAUUGCCACCGUUCAAAUCUGCACAUACUGCAAAAUGCCCGAGCUCGAGCCGAGGCAGUUGGUCUAUGAUGAGUUGAACGGCAGCAGCAUCAGUGGUAGGUACUGGCCAAUGCGGACAACAAGUAGUGAUGAAAACAUCGUCAUUGCAGCAGGAUAA